ACCCGGAAGAAAAUCUGUGUUAAAAGGUUAAUGAUGUAUCAGACACGCAAUAGGAUCUGGGUGGGAACUGUAAAUAUAGAGAAAAAUACCGUUAGCAGACUUGUCUUCUUAUUUCUGUGGGGGGGACUGUGUAAGACAGAUGAGAGAUACAGUCGCCAAACCGGAUGUCACAGAGUUAACACCAUAGAAGGACUUGCAAACGGAUCCAAACUGCUUAGCUACGUUGAUAUACUUUGAACUGGACUGUUAGCAAGCAGGCUAACUGACUGAUUCCGUGCCUAUUUGGAUCCUGACGGGACGGGAAAGAAAUGUCCUGCAGCUUAUUGGAGUUUUGUCGGCUCCAAGAGCUGAAAACAGUCCGGGACUUCUUGUUCCACAACCAGAAAACGGAGCCAGUAGAGGAUGCGAAUGAAACAGCAGAUAAUGAAUUGUCUUGGGAUACCUCAGACUGGGAGUCAGCGUGGGACAAAGAGGAGGAAGCCACCUCUGCCACAACGCUAGAGGAAGAGACCAUGGAGCAGAGUGAACCCUGGCUUCAGAACUGUGUUGUGUCCCUGUCGCCCUGCUCUGACCUGCUGGUGGUGGCCCAUGAACACAAGGCGGUGUUUCUCUCAGCUAAGUGGCAUACAAGUGACAGUGGCAAAGAGGAGAUGGCUUUGGCUGUGUCUUGGACUGGAACCCUCAGCGCUGAAGAAGGAGAGUGUGUGAGCAGCACCAUCUGUAUCCCCCUUGCAAGCCAAAAGAGGAGUUCCACUGGGCGGCCUGACUGGACAUGUGUAGUAGUGGGUUUCACGUCUGGCUAUGUCCGCUUCUACACAGAGAAUGGGGUACUGCUCCUGGCCCAGCUGCUGCACGAGGACUCUGUUUUGAGGCUCAAGUGUCGCACAUAUGAGGUUCCUCGUCAUCCUGGAGUAACUGAGCAGCAUGAAGAGUUAAGUAUCCUCUACCCUGCUGCUCUGGUCACCAUCGAUGGUUUCAGCCUCUUUCAGUCUCUGCGUGCCUGCAGGAACCGGGUUGCAAGAGCCACAGCAGCAGGCAGUGAUGUGAUCCAGCCUCCUCCCUUAGCCUAUAAGAAGUGGGGUCUGCAGGACAUGGAUAACAUUGUAGACCACAGUAGUGUGGGCAUUAUGACGCUUUGUGUCUUUGACCAGAUGAAGAACGCCUCUAUCCUCGGGGGGUUUAAUGCUUCAGUCAAGGGCAACCCCCCCGCCAUGAGCCAGUAUGUCACUGUGGGAGGGGGCCCUUACACAGGCUUUUACUAUGCCGUAGAGGGAAGCUCCCAGCCUCUUCUUUCCCACGUGGCUCUGGCUGUGGCCAGUAAACUCACCUCAGCCCUCUUCAGCGCUGCCAGUGGGUGGCUGGGUUGGAACAAGAACAAGAAUGAAGAGGAGGCUCUUCAGAAACAGAAGCCCAAGGUGGAGCCUGCAACGCCCUUAGGAAUCAGAUUUGGCCUCCCAGACUCUCGUCGCCACGGUGAGUCCAUCUGUCUCUCCCCCUGCAACACGUUGGCUGCAGUGACGGAUGACUUUGGUCGAGUCACACUGCUGGACCUGGCAAGGGGCAUCGCCAUCCGCAUGUGGAAAGGAUACCGAGAUGCCCAGCUGGGUUGGCUGCAGGUUCCAGAGGAGCGAGGUGAUUGGGAUUUCUCCCCCUCUGCUUCCCUCCCCAGACGGCAUGCUCUGUUCCUGGUCAUCUAUGCCCCCCGCAGAGGAAUUCUGGAGGUGUGGGGGAUGCAGCAGGGGCCUCGAGUUGGAGCUUUCACUGUGGGAAAACACUGCAGGUUGCUGUACGCUGGCUAUCGUCUGAUGGGGGUGAACAGUGUGACCAGUCAGGGCUGGCAGCUCCACACUCAGCAGGUGUGUCUGCUGGAUCCCAGCGCAGGAGCUCUGAGGACAGUGAACAUCCCCUUCCACCUGGCCCUCAGUGACAAGAAGAGCGAGCGAGCCAAAGACAUGCACCUGUUAAAGAGGCUGACUACUCUCCUAAGGAACAGAGAGGUGGAUCCUGAUACUUUGGAGAGCGAAGCCAAAAAUGUGUUGGUGGAAAUCAAACACCCUGCCAUUAAGAAGCAGGCUCUGGAGUCUCUGCUGUCAAAUAAAAAUGUUCCUGUCUCUUGUCUUACUAACAUCACAUGCACCUUACAUGAUGCUCUGAAGCAACAAGACCCUGAGGAAGUAGACACAGCAUUACUGCAGCUCUGCUCUUCACAGCUGAAACUGCUUCAGCUCUACACUGACAUCCAGCAGCUGCACUCUGCUGCAGAAAUAGAGGCCUGCUCUGAAACUCAGGACUCCCUAGAAGGCAUAGAAGAUGAGUUGUCCAGCGUUGGCCCCACCUUGCAACGCUACGCUGAGCUCACCUCACGACCCAGUGUAACCUUUGUCCAGGACUCGCCUGACUCCCCCCUGUCUGCCCAAGCCUUCCUCUCACUAAUAGAGUGCACAGAGGAUGGGGAGCUGAAGGUGAUCCGUGGGGCUGAAACUGAAUGGACUCAGCUAGGGAACUUUCUGUUCUGGGGUUGUCUGUGUGGGAAAAGGCCACUCCACGAAACGUGUGAAACACUACAGCAGGCUGGCAUUAGGCCACAGCAGCUACUGUCUUUGUUGCUGAGCAUGUGGUUGCACAGGGAGAAGGAGGUGCUACAGAAACCUAACGAAACUGUUAGAAACCUAUACACACUCCUCAUCGCCCUCAGCAACAUGAAAGGUGCAGUUGAAGAGUCAUGGGAUCCCCAGUCCAUCUCCCCCUGGUGGCAGCAGGUUCGCUCUGCAUGUAUCCAGUCCCACAACGCUGCUGCUGCUCUCCUAGCUGCCUUUGUUGCUCACCGCGCUGCUAAGGCUAGCAUCAGCAGCAGGGCCGACAGCAAGUUGCAGUCAGAGUGGGAGACGGUGUCCUUGGAGCUGGAGCAGUGGGUGGUGUGUGUUCGGCAGCUGGAGGAUGUACUGGUGCUGCAGACUCUGCUUCUGGUGCCUCGUCCUCAGGGAUCAACAGGUGGCGCUGCAGCACAGUGCUCUGUUAAAACACUGUUGGAGGGCGGCACAGGUGGUGUUGCUGACAGUGUCUCCAAGUGGGUGUUCAGGCACAAUUUGGCCCCCAACCGACUAAAAAAAAUUCUCCAAAAGAAGGAAGACAAAAAUACAGAUGAUACAGUGGAGGCAGGAGAAGAGGGAAAUGUGGUGAAUGAGCAGAGCCAAGAGGACACCGACAGAACAGCAGAGUCAUUAGUGGCAGUGUGCCAGCAAUUCCCACACUCCCUCUCACCUGACCUGCUCUUCUCCCACUGCUGCUGGGAAUAUGUGGUGCAGUGGAACAAAGACCCUGAGGAGGGUCGAUACUUGUGCUGGGCUGUGGAACAUUUGAAGCUGGUUUCCAGUCCACACAUCCAACUAGGGAUAUGUACUAUGAUGUGGAGUACGUUCAUUGUCAAACGUUUCUCAGCAGCAGCCUUCCUCAUAGAGAAGGUGGGGAAAGCACCCAAAGAUCGCUUAUGUCGAAGGGAUGUUGGGAUGGAAGACAAGGCCAUGACGUGUUUCCUGGGCUGCUGUGUCCAGCUGCUGCAGAUCCUCGCGGAGGUGGACUCCGCGGUGGAUGAGGUUUCUGCUCCGGAGCUGUCUGUGGAGGAGGUGUGGAGUGGAGCAGAGGGCCCUGCCUCCAUAGCUGAGCUGGCCUUGGAGCAGAGAGGUGUCCACUACCCUCUGGUCCAACACCACUGCCUGUUAGCCUCCCUUCUACAUGCUGCUAUGACCUUCAGUCUGAAGGUCAAACCACUCAGCCUGUUUGACAGCAAGGGUAAGAAUGCUUUCUUCAGAGAUCUGACAACAAUCCAGCUGAUGCCCAGUGGAGACAUGGACCCAGCUCUGGUCUUGCUACGACAAGAGUUCCUCCUGCGGGUGCUGACCGGUUGGGUGCAGGCUAUAGAUGAUCCUUUCAGCUCAGCUUCUGGUGCCGGUUCCCCCUCUCUGCCCUGUAGUGACCCCAAGGCUGACUGGUGGCCCUCGCUGUGUCUGGAGCUGGGUUCUCUGCUGCAGGUCAACCCUGACAUCCUGCGACGGCACCUUGUCUGUGAGCUCUACAACCAGGGCCUGGACCUCCGGGCAGAGGAGGUGAUGUUAGAAGUGGAAGAUAAGGAUGUGCUGGGCUCCCAGCUGUUGGUGCUGACUGGACAGAGGCUGAGCUACUCACUACUCCACAGUGAGAUCCAGACACAGGCUGCUAUGGAGCUGCUGGCCCGCCUGCCCCCAACCCUCUGCACAUGGCUCAAGGCUAUGGACCCCAGUGAGCUGCGGUGCCCCCUGGUCCCCCUGCCACAGACCAGCCGGCUCGUCAGCCGUCUGAUUGAAAUCCUUCCAGAGAACCAUGCCCAGUACACCCUGGCCCUGCACCUUAUGGAGGCUGUGGAUGUCCUCAACACCGAGGCCUGACCCUGGAGGGUGAGGCAUUGAAGACCCCAUAGGAGGCAGAUGGAAAGAUGAUGAUGAGGAAGAAGAAGAAAAGUGAGAGAGGAAAGCUAAUGGAGGCUGGUCUCUCUUGCAGUGAUAGAACUGUAAACAGCCCCCACCCAAACUAAACGGGGUCUGUACCCCGUCACCAUGUGGACUGGUGUACGACAGACGGUCAGGAUGAUAAACAGCCUUCUCACCCUCAUCACUGUCAUGGAGGAGGUUUAGUGUUUGGUCAUUCACUUUGUUAUUAUACAUUUGUUCUCACAACUGUAGGAGGUAGUGGUGUAGAGUGGCUUUUAACUUUUUUUAAUCUAAAUUUUGUGCAUGUAACAAACUGUAUUGAAAAGUAUUAUUGAGAGUUUAAGUUUAUGAGAUGGUUGUUAAGGAAUGGGGUCUGUCUGUCACUUGAUCCUCAUUUUCAUUGUUUGACUUCAACUCAGUGCGGGUGCCGUGCGCCUUUUCAGUUGUUUGACAUAUCUCCUUCCUUCUUCCCUCUCACAAACAUGAGAUGUAUCAUAAAGAAAUAUAGACCUUAUUUUUAAAUGAUAUCCAGACAGUAUGUAGUAGCUGUGCCUGUACACCUCCUAUUCUGUAGUCCUAUGCCCAGCUGCUCCCACUGGGCUAAUCCAGGGCUGAAUAAAGAGGUUUCUGAAAAGCC